GGUUGCCUGACCACACACUCCCAACAGGAGCGACACUGGUGAGCAGCAACUGUUUGGUUUGCCUCGCCGGUGCUGCUGCAGCAACACCUACAACCGACGGAUGAGAACUAGCUGACAGACGCGGCUGACGACUGAUUUCCCUGGAAUAACGUGACUGUCGGCUGCUUUCGCACACUUCUGCAGGCUUUCUUACUUGAAAAGCAGAGCUAGUUCUACGUCAAUGGCAAGUCCGGUUGCAGACAUAGGACAGUCUCAUCAGCAUCACCACCCAGUGACUGAAUCGGCCGCCGACUCUGCGUUUCAGGAGGCGCAGAAAUGGAUAGAGGCUGUCACAGGAAGAUGUUUUGGUGACAAGGAUUUCCGAGGAGGAUUGGAGAAUGGGAUACUCCUAUGCGAAUUGCUGAGCUCCAUUAAGCCUGGCCUGGUAAAGAAAAUUAACAGACUUCCUACACCCAUAGCUGGCCUGGACAACCUCAGCGUCUUUCUACGUGGCUGCGAGGAGUUGGGACUGAAGGGAUCCCAGUUGUUUGACCCUGGAGACCUGCAGGACACAUCGACACGCCCCACUUCCAAGGGAAGUGACUGCAGUCGAAGGCUGAAGAAUGUUUUAAUCACUAUCUACUGGCUCGGCCGUGCUGCCAACAGCUGUACCUCCUACAACGGGCCUACGCUGGACCUGAAAGAGUUUGAGGGCUUGUUGUCACAGAUGCGAAAGGAGGCAGAGGAAGCAGAAAGCCCUAAACGCAGCAUCCGGGACAGUGGCUACAUUGACUGCUGGGAUUCUGAGCGCAGCGACUCUCUCUCUCCACCACGCCACGGACGCGAGGAUUCAUUUGACAGCCUGGACUCCUUCGGUUCCCGCUCACAACAGACGCCGUCGCCAGACGUCCUGGUCACCCGCGGCAGCAGUGAUGGCCGUGGCAGUGAUUCGGAGUCAGACGGCCCCCCUCACAGAAAGAUACCAGAUGUCCAUAAGGAUGACAUGCUGGCACGGCGGACGUCGGUCAGCGAGCCACGAACCGCCAUGCCCUUCAACCAGUACCUGCCCAACAAGAGCAACCAGAGUGGAUAUGUGCCAAUGCCGCUCCGCAAGAAAAAGAAUGAUAAAGAGGAAGGAGGGCGCAAAAGCUGGAGUACCGCCACAUCACCUGUAGGGGGGGACAGACCCUGUAGUCCAAAUGAGGUCCCUAGUUUAGUCAUCCCACCUGAAGAAUCCUUGAGUCCAUCUCCCACCCCACUCCUUGAACCUCAUACACAGAUUCAGGAAAACAAGAGUAAAAACAACGAAGAGGAAGGGAAGCAGACUGCAUCCAUCCAUUGCUUUGAGAUCCAUUCUGGGGGCAUGAGGAGGAGCAGUGAGCCUCUGCCUUGUAGCUUCCCCCAGUCCCACGCAGAGCCCCCCAGGGAGACUGUAACUCACCUGAAGGUCACCUCUGAGCAAAGUACUCCAGCUCGCUCGUGCUCAGAUGAAUCCUUCCACCGCUCGAUGGCUCUAGCGGCAAACGCCAUCAACACAGCUGGAAAUCAUCAGACCGUGACAGACCAGGAAGAUGCAGGAGUCGCAGGUGCACAGGGAGACGAUGACCGGGCGUGUCAAAUGUUGACCUCACCCAAACAAACUCUGAGUCCCUCUGAUUUCCUUCCCAUGACCAGUGCCAUGGCAACCACUUCUACGGAAACAACUGAUAGAGGCAGACAGAAGGGACGGGCACUGAGCGAAAGAGAUGACUUAAAAGAAGCGAAACCUUGGUUUGGCAGCAGUCUCCCAUCAACGAGUGUGAGUAUGAUUGACAUGCGUGGCGAGGAAGAUGCCAUCUUGCAGCCGCACAGUCAGGUGCGGCAUGAGCUGAUGCACAACCAGUACAACAAAAUGAAAGAAGAAGAGAAUCACUGGCAGGACGACCUGGCCCGAUGGAAAAGUCGAAGGAGGAGCAUUUCCCAGGAUCUGAUUAAAAAAGAGGAAGAGCGAAAAAUGAUGGAGCGGUUAAUGUCUGGAGAAAGCGUGGUCUCUCAGAGGAGAAGAAGCAUCAAGACUUACAGAGAGAUAGUGGAAGACAAGGAGCGUCGUGAGGAGGAGCUGCGGCAUGCGUACAGGAAUGCCAGAACUCCAGAUGAGGCAUCCGUCAUUCUCCAACGUUACGCCCAGCGAUUCUCCAUCAGUGAGGCAGUGCUGGAGCGCCUCCAGCUGCCGAAGCUCCUGGACCGCAGCGUAUCUGCUGAUCCCUCCCUCCCCAGCUCACUCAUCCCCCUCUCCCUGUCGCCCUCCCCCACAACUCCAGACCCUUUCGAUAUGGACACCGACGGGCCCAUGAAGUAUCUGCGUCAGCAGUCUGCCCCAGCUCCAAAGUUCACAUCUACAUUAGAGGCACAGAUUGCAGAGUUUCCCAAAGACUCAUCCUCACACCAGCGGCCUCAGAUCCGCUCAAGAUCAUCUGAUCCGCCAUCAACCCGAGCCCUGUCACCCAAACCUGUGCCUAUUCUUACACCCAAGCCUUACUUCCAGUCCCGACCUACAGGAGCUGAAACGUGGAGCACCAAGGCUGAUGGUUUGCUCCGAGUAAAUGGCGACAUUGGAAAUGAUGCCAUUCCCACUAAACCUGAUGGUCAAGAAAGCGAAUCCCCGCCUCAUUUCCAGGCGUCCCCUUCCAAAACCCAAAACAGUUGUGGAGAUGGUCUUUCUUUAACAGCCUCACCCACUCCACAAACCUCCACUGACACAGAAAGCCCAGACUCCACAGCUGGCAAGGAGACACAAGGAAGCACCGAGGCAGCUUCUGAGGACGUCCAAGACGUGAAGGUCACUGAGCGUUCGUCACCGCCCAGCCGGCCCACCUCACUCCCAGUGGAGCUGCAGAAACCAGAGGAAAGCUUUGGGAAGACUGCAGGCCAAAGAGAUGCUGCUGUAGAGGAAGAAAAAUCACAGGCUGCAGCUCAGCAGAUGCCGCCUGCAGAUAACAAACAAGAAAAUACUAAACCAACCUGUGAAAGCUUCUCCAGUCUUCAGCCAGAGGUCAACACGCAGCAGAAUCAGCCAAUAACGUCCACGGUAAGCGUUUGCUGUUCUCAGGAGUUGCCACAGAAAACCGAGAGUUCAACUGCACCAGUACCAUUUGAACAUCACUCUUCAAUGGAAAAACCAGCAGAGUUUGAAAUCAGUGUCAGGUCUCCACAAGCAGCCUGCAACCCUAAGUUACGCUGGGAUUUCUUCGCUCCGCCAGAGGAAGCAGAGAAGGAUCAUUGUGGAAAUGUGUCAGUCCCGGUGUUACCCCAGGCCAGGCGGGGAGACCGCUGGUCUUGGGACCCGGAUGAGGAGCGAAAGCGUCAGGAAAGGUGGCAGCAAGAGCAGGAGCGCAUGCUGCAGGAGAAGUACCAGCGUGAGCAGGAGAAGCUGAAGGAGGAAUGGGAGAAAGCACAGAGGGAGGUGGCGGAGGAGGAGAGGAAGUAUCAUGAGGAGGAGCGUAGGAUACUAGAGGAAACUGUGAUGCCUCUGACACCCCGUUCCUCAUCCCUGCCCUCCCCAAGCAGAGGGGAGCUCUCCUCCACCUCUGAGGCUCAGGAUACAAUCGUCCGUUCACUGGCUGACUGGGAACGCAAACAGGAACUGCUGGAGAGGCAGUCUGGAGGGAGCGCAGAGAGUGUGGAGUGGAAGCGAAGAGAAAAUGACAGAACCAGUGACAUCAGCACCGCUGACGACAGCAUGAAAACAGGCAGAAGCUUGAUUAGUCAGAGCAGCAGUCAGGCAGAGAAACUUGGCCACAGCCUUCACAAUGGGCAAAAGCUUCCUCCCACGCCCACCAAACCUUCAACUCCAGUCAAGAAACAGGAGCCCAGAGCAGACAGCAACAAGCCCAGUAGGCCUGCAGGAGAACGAAGGUGCGGCCCCAUUGAUAAUAACAUGGGCCGCAGCUCAUCAAAGCCCCCCGCAUCAUGUCCAUCAGCACUAGACACACUGCCUCCAGCACCCAACAGGUCUGUCAGUGGGAAGAAGCUGUGCUCCAGCUGUGGUCAACCACUGGGAAAAGGAGCUGCCAUGAUCAUUGAGACCCUCAGUCUCUACUUCCACAUCCACUGCUUUAAGUGCGGGGUGUGUAAGGGACAGUUAGGAGACACAACCACAGGGACGGACGUCCGGAUCAGAAAUGGCCUCCUUAACUGCCAUCAGUGCUACAUCCGCUCCCGCUCGGCCGGACAGCCAACUACAUUGUGAUGCUCAACUGAAAAGCACAAGGUUAGAGGAAGAAAUCCCAUCCCCGUUUUAACUUGAUUAUCUGCAAAUCAUGUCCUCCGCAGCGUGUCGGCAUCUUUGCUUCCUCUGCAGCUCAAUAACCACUGAAGAUUCAUCACAUGGGCUAAAUGGAGAUCUGGGGGACAUUCAAACAUUAAAUAAAGAUGUAUGUUCUCUGUGUUUAUGUCAUACGACAUGUGAGUGAAAUCUGAAUUUCAUUGGUCCUCCUGCAACCACAGACCACGUCUCAUCAUGCAGCAAGAGGGAGACUGUUCUGAGGCGACGCCAUGUUGAAAAGAAAACGGUAACAUGUGCAGGUGCCACACAGGUAGGUUGUGUUGAUUCGUCUGUACUGUGAGAAUCAACACAAUACCAGAAAGCAAGUUAGAUCCAGAUUUCAUAUAUAAUUUUUUUCCCCUUGACAGAGAAGAUGUGAAUAUUGACCUUUCAAUUCCAGACAGCUGGAGUUCAGUAUAUUACAUUUUGAUUUGUCUUUUAAGAAAGAUUUCACUUGAAGUGAUGAGACCCCAAAGCAGGACAGAAAACUGAAUGUGAUCAGGCAGCUCAGACUGGGAAAGUAGAUCUGGGAAAUAUGAGUAGUUCAACAACCUAUAAUUCAAAUAAUGAAUUAAAACUGAUCAACUAAAAAAGUGCAAUAAAGGUCACUAUAAAUCCACUACUUGGACAGAACUACAGUAGACAUUAAGUAUAUUUUUUUAACCCUUCUCCCACACAGUGACCUCAUAUCUUCGUCAUUACAUGUACAGAAUAAGAUUAGCUUAUAGUAUAACUAUGUAGUGUGUAGAUGUAGACUCUUCAUUUGGGCAAAAAUACGACCUUGGAGCCAUUUUGGAUCACAGCAGGUUGUUCCACGUCCAGUCUGUUUUUUUUUGGAAAGUGAAGACUUUAAUGUGCCUUAAGAAAGCAAGGUAAUGCAGGAAACAAAACACCAGCUGUGGGGUGUUUUAUUUUUGCCUGUAUUUUCAUUUUUUGCAGAGAUGAAAUUGGCCAAAUUUAAACUCUUGAACUGCAGAUAAGCACGUUGCAGCCCUCCCAUCACAUGAUGCUUCACAUGAUAAGGACUGUUUAUUUUCACAGAAACUUAAUUUCAUAUCCCCCUGUGAUUCCGCUGUGAUUUAUAGUGAUAAGAGAAGAAAAAUACAAAAGAAAUUUGCUGUCAUUCUGAAAAAUAAAAAUACACAGUGAAGUGCAGGGGAAACUUGGAUUUUAUUUUAUAUGUUUCAUUCUACUGAUAUAGACUUAUGUAUGCUUUCAAUUAAGAGUUUUUUUUUGGGGGGGGGGGUUAGAAUUCAUGUAUGCACUUGAAAUGUCUAAAAAUCACCAGUACAGGUUUCAUCUAGUUUAACAGCAGAGGUAAUAUGAAAACAUACCAGCAGCAGUUGCCUCUGUGCAACAUUUGGUUGGAUGGAAACUAAAGUUAUAUGUGCUGCCAGCUGCACAUUUUAAGUCAUAUGCUUCUUUUUUAAACUUGUAUGAGAAGAACUCAAUUACGUGUUGUGGAUGUUGGGAAAAAAAAUGCACGUUUAAGCCUAAAACCAAAUGAUUUGCUGUAUCAAAGUAAAUUGCAGCCUCAUUUUCCUCCUACUGAAUUGCAUCUUAUAGCCAGGCUUCUUCUCCAGGGUCAUUUCUGUUAUCUACAGUAUUUUUAAGCUUCUGUUCAAAUUGUGUAUUUUAUUUUAAAUUCUCAUUUAGUUAAUGAGCAAUUCUCAGCUGAGUCUCUUUUAGCUGGAUCUUUGAGACGGAGCUCUAUAUUCAGACUGUUUCAACAGGAUAGUUGGGGAAUGAAAACCUUUUUUUUUUCUUUUUUUUUUGCGUCUUUACUGUAUUUAUUGUAAUAUUCAACUGAACACUAUCCAGAAUAUAGAAUCAUUUGAUGUUUUAAUGCAAUGGCAUUUAUUAUCGCAUACUGUAUGUUUAUAAAUAAAAUGUUAUAAAUUCAAAUCUGCAGUAUU